AUGAAUAUCAGCCUCCGCUCGAGUCAGUCCUCGUAUGGAGACCCUCGCUAUCUUUCCACUGCAACCGCCUCUGAUGUCCACGCCCCGGUUGGAAAAUCCCUGGUAGACGGCUAUCGCGACGCUGUCGACCCGCAACAUGAAGACCGAUCACGGUACAAUCCGGUAAGGGGAACCCCCAUGCUCAGGGCAAUCGCACGCGUCAAGGCGCUCGCCCGAUGGAAGAAAUUCCACCAAACUAACCAGUCCGCUCCGUUCCUCCAGCUCAAUGCAGCUCACCCCCGCAGCUCCGCCCUCGUCAACACGAACGACCCCGUUACACUUUACCUCUUGACCGAGACUGCCAUUGGGGACAGCAACAACUUUGAGAUUCUAUCAUUGGAAGAAGUUGAAGACCUGAAGAAAGAACGCACUCUCCUGUCAAGCCGCAUCGACGGUACGAAGAGGAAACUCACCCUCGAGACCAAGCUCCGCGAUGCCGCGCAGUCGAUUGGUCGACUCUACGGCCCCCCUAGUCCCCGGGACAGCGGUGAAUAUGGCGCCAAUAGAUCUUCCAAGUCGCACCGUCGAAGCCGUAGCAUCUUUGGCAAGAGUGGCACCGCCGAGGUGCUCGAUAAAAGCGAUUCGGAGUUGGCAGUGAGCCAGCGCAAAUGUGAAGAUCUGGCGCAAGAGCUGUGGAAACUAGAACGCCGGUCCCAGCAGAUCAAUCAGCGAUUGUUGGAGCACACCGCGGGUGUCUUGCAAAUGACCCAUAAGGGUAUGCGCAAGACGCCCAAGAACACCGAUGGGUCUUCCGACAACCUCUACGAUGGCCAUGACUUUGAUGACCGCAGUCUCUACCGUACCCCCGAGCAUCUGGAUGACUAUGGCACGAAAGGAAGGAUCCAGAUCAAUGAUGCCCCCUCGUCAAGAGCGUCCUCGGAGGCCAUGGAAGCUACGCAGCGCAAACUGGAGGAGCUCAGCGAGCGCAUGUGCAACAUGUUGAUCCAGGCUACCCCGGACGAAUUUGUCAAUCCCCCUCCACAGUCCUCGGAACGAUCUAUCGACCCUGCGGCAGCCACCGAAGCGCAUCUGGCCUACAUCGAGACCGGCCUGAACACCCUUGAGUCACACCCAAUUUCCGCCGUGAACGGCGCCCCUGCUGUCGUUUCUUCUGCUCCGGCACCAGAGACUGAAGGUGCCUGGAAGCAGCAAAUCACCGACGUCAAUGAACGUGUUCAGAGCAUUGUUGACCGAUUCGGGCUGACUCGAUCACCUACACUCCCACCACCUCCCUCUGCCUAUGAGGGUGAAGGCCUGGAGGAGCAACUGUCAUAUCUCCAAGCAGGUAUCGAUGGCCUGGCCAGCCGGGUGGAUGGGCUGCUUGAGCAAAAGAGUAUCUUAACCACUCAGAUCCAGCAGCAACGUGAACUCAACUCGAAGUCAGACGCUGAACGUGAUGCUCAUAUUGGUGAUCUUACUGAACAACUGUCCCAUGCCCGCCGAGACGGCAAGUCCGCUCAGGACGAGCUGGCGGUUGUGAUGGAACAGCUCGAAGCCAUGCGCCGUGAUGGCUCGACCCAGGAUGAAGCCAAGGCUUCUCUGGUGCAAGCUGAGGGUGAGAUCGCUCGCCUACAGAGCGUCGUUGAGUCACUGCACCGUGAGGCUGACGCGCGCACCGAGGAGGUGAGAGAAGCUCGCGAUCGUGCAGAGUACGAAGCAUCGCAGACCGAGGCUCGAACUGAGGAAAUGAGAGAGGCUCGGGAUCGUGCAGAGCAGCUAGCGGCGCAACUCGAGGCUGAUAUCCAGCAAAUUCGCAGCGAAUCCGAUUCUCGUGUACAGGAGGCAGAUACUCGCGCACAGGACUCAGUCUCUCGCUUGCAGGCUGCCGAGUCUCGUUUGCUGGAGACUGAACCUCGUCUGCAAGAGGCUGAAUCUCGAGUCCGGGAGGCAGAAGAACGGGCCCAGGAAGUGGUGUCUCGUUUGCAGGAGGCCGAGUCUCGUUUGCAAGAGGCCGACUCUCGCAUGCAGGAUGUAGAUACCCGCAUCCAGGAGGCAGUUGACCAGCGUGUGCGAGCCGAAGAGAACGCUACCCGCCUUCAAGAUGAGAUGACCGGUCUGGAGGGCGAGGUCGUGCGAAUCACCACUGAGCUCACAAUGGUCAAGGCCGAGCUUGAUGGAGCUUACGGUACUCGCGCACAGCGCGCUGCUGAAGCGGCAGCGAACCCUGAAUUCCAGAACGAAAUGGAAGCUCUGACAACCCGCAAUAUCGAGCUGACUGAGGAGCUCGCUGCCCUCAAGGGCAAGCAAGGCGGAGGUGAUAUCCAGCAGCGAGCCGACACCCUCGGGAAGGAGCUCCGAGAGACAAUCGACGACUAUGAAGCCCUGGUCAAGUCCAACGUUGAGUUCGAGAAGGAGCGUGAGCGUUUCGAGGGUGUGAUUGACAGUCUCCGGGAUCGUUGUGAGCAGCUGGAACAGCAGCUGAGCGAGGAACGUAUCAGCUGGAUGAACCUGAGCAGCCCGACUAUGGGCCGCGAUCCUACUCUGGAGACAACAUCCACCAUGGUGCUCAAGAACGAGUUCAAGAAGAUGAUGCGCGACACUCGCAACGAGAACAUGAGGAUUCUCAAGGCGGAACAAGAAGAGCGUCGCAGAAUCGAAGGGCUGUUGCGGGCCCUGAAGAAGGAGCACGCGCAAGUGACUGGCAAGCCCGUACCGAGCCCGGUUGGCACCCCCUUAUGA